AAAUAAAAAAAAAAUAUCGUUCGUUUGAUGUUCGUUUGUGUUUCUGGGGUUGUUUUUGUUUGGAAUUUCAUUUGCAGCUUUUUUAUAAUACAGCAGCUUUUAUUUAAAAAAAAUGGCUCAGUGGCUGAAAUUUUUUCUAAGUAUUAUUGUACUACUUUGUAUCUUUGAAUGCGCUUUUGGAAUUAAAUGCUGGAACUGCCGUUCAAGUAACGAUCCAAAAUGCGCCGAUCCUUUUGAUAACAGUUCAGUACCUAUCACUGAUUGUAAACAAGAAAAAGGACUGUCGCACUUACCCGGUAUAAGACCACAGAUGUGUAGGAAAAUAAGACAAAAAGUAAAUGGGGUGUGGCGUUACUUCCGAGGCUGUGCAUAUCUUGGUGAAGUUGGUAUUCAAGGAGAUGAAAGAUUCUGUCUCAUGAGGACUGGCACUUACAAUAUUUUCAUUGAGUAUUGCACAUGCAACAGCAAAGAUGGUUGCAAUUCGUCUUUUUCUUUUUCUCCAAUGCCAAUAUUGUUAAUGUUAUUAUGCACCAGCCUGUAUAAGGUUUUAUUAUAAGAAAAGGCUGUUGGGCAAACAUAACAAAUUGAGAGUUCUAAUUUCAAAUGCUUUUAUGGAAAUUUUCCUGAAAAUGUGUCUUUUGCAUCAAAGCAAUGGAGAAUGAAUUUCAGAUAGUAGUUAAGCUUUGUUACCUACCU